UGUGGAGAAAAGCCUCCGGGGAGAGCGGUGCUGCCCUACAACCUUCGCCCCCUGCCCUCGACUCUUUCCCACAACCCAAAAUGGCGGCCGUUGUGGAUUUUGGCGACCUGGAGCUAUUCGAGGCGUUUGACCCUCAAGAGGAGUCGACCCCGAAGCCCGUUCACACCCGCUUCAAGGACGACGAGGAGGAAGAGGACGACGAGGAGGAUGAGAAUGGGGUGGGCGACGCGGAGCUGCAGGAGCAGCUUCGGCGCUGUGAGGAAACCAUCGAGCAGCUCCGCGCCGAGAAUCAAGAACUUAAAAGAAAAUUGAACAUUCUGACAAGACCCAGUGGCAUCCUGGUGAGCAAUACUAAGAUAGAUGGGCCGUUAUUACAAAUCCUGUUUAUGAACAACGCUAUCUCAAAGCAAUACCACCACGAAAUAGAGGAGUUUGUAUCAAACUUAGUAAAACGGUUUGAGGAACAGCAAACAAAUGACGUGGAAAAGACGUCCUUCAGCCUUUUACCCCAGCCAUCCAGUGUUAUGUUGGAAGAGGACCAUAAAGUGGAAGAAUCAUGUGCCGUUAAAAACAACAAGGAAGCUUUUAGUGUUGUAGGAAGUGUCCUGUAUUUUACUAAUUUUUGCCUUGAUAAAUUGGGGCAACCGCUACUAAAUGAAAACCCUCAGCUUACGGAAGGAUGGGAAAUACCCAAGUACCAGCAAGUCUUCAGCCACAUUGUUUCUCUAGAAGGGCAAGAAAUGCAAGUAAAGGCAAAAAGGCCAAAGCCUCACUGUUUCAACUGUGGUUCUGAAGAGCAUCAGAUGAAGGAGUGCCCAAUGCCUCGGAAUGCUGCUCGGAUAAGUGAGAAGAGGAAGGAGUAUAUGGAUGCCUGUGGUGAGGCCAGCAGUCAGAGUUUUCAGCAGCGGUAUCAUGCAGAAGAAGUAGAAGAAAGAUUUGGAAGAUUCAAGCCGGGAGUUAUUAGUGAGGAACUUCAAGAUGCACUGGGUGUGACAGACAAGAGUCUUCCCCCUUUCAUCUACCGGAUGCGCCAGCUGGGCUACCCACCAGGCUGGCUCAAGGAGGCUGAAUUGGAGAAUUCAGGACUUGCACUCUAUGAUGGAAAUGAUGACACUGAUGGGGAAACAGAAACUGGAGAAAUACAGAAUAAAAAUGUCACUUAUGAUCUCUCAAAGUUGGUAAACUAUCCAGGUUUUAAUAUAUCUACUCCCAGAGGUAUUCCAGAUGAAUGGAGGAUGUUCGGUUCCAUACCAAUGCAGGCGUGUCAACAGAAGGAUGUGUUUGCCAGUUACCUUAAUUCUAACAUCCAGUCGCCGAGCAUGAGGUCUAGCGGCAAGCGGUCUUCCUCUCAGUCCAGCCCUAACAGUCCAAAGAAGCAGCGGAAGGAAGGCAGCUCAGCAGCCUCCCCUGCUGACAUGGAGCUCGACUCAGAUGUAGAGAUCCCACCUGGUUCUCAGAGCAGCAAAGCAUUUCAGUUUCAGCCACCAUUGCCUCCUGGCACACCUCCUCCACUGCCACAGGGAACACCUCCACCUCUCUUCACUCCUCCACUCCCUAAGGGAACCCCACCGCUGACUCCCAGUGACUCACCGCAGACCCGACCUCCAGCCUCAGCCAUGGAUGAGGAUGCGCUGACACUGGAGGAACUCGAAGAGCAGCAGAGGCAGAUCUGGGCUGCUCUCCAGCAGGCCGAGGGAGCCAGCAGUGACUCUGAAGUUCCCGUAGACACACCUGUCACUGGGAACUCAGUGCCGUCCUCCCCUUGUCCAAACGAGUUUGACCUCCCUGUCCCAGAAGUAAAAGCCCUGGAAAAGCCAGUGCUGGCUGAGCCCCAGGGGCCAGCUGCUUCUGUAGACACAGCUGGACCUGAGCCUUCCUGCAGCCCAGCAGCAGGGGCAGUGGUGCUCUCUCAGAGAGGAGAGGAAGUUGCUGCAGAGGGGGACCCUGGAGAUGCUCUUCUUGACAACGGCAAUGUGUUGAACAUGAGCAAUGGAGGCAACCAGCAGCUCCUUCAUCUGGACACCCGGCCUCCGACAGCCUCAAAACUCCAUAGCCCAGUACCUGACAUGAGCAAGUUUGCCACUGGAAUAACACCCUUUGAAUUUGAGAACAUGGCUGAAUCCACUGGAAUGUACCUCAGGAUAAGAAACCUGUUAAAGAAUUCACCCCGAAAUCAGCAGAAAAACAAAAAGACUUCUGAGUGAGCCCUUGCAGUCGCCCUGACUGGGAGGCCUCUGCAGUUCUGCAUUGUCCCAUCAGACUGAGACUAGGUGACCCAUUUGUCCUUCCCACCUUUCAGAAUCUGCCCAUGGUGUAAUUGUGAUCUCAACUCAAGCCUGUUUUACAUAAUGAAAGACUGGGUGUGUGAGUUUGCUCUUUUAUUCUCACUGACAACAACCCUGGGUCUGUGUGCCGUGAGCUGGUUCAGAGAUGCUUGGUCUGGGUUAUACUAUUUUUGGAUCGUGAGUGUCUGUCAAGAGUGAGGUUUGUUUUUUUUUUAAAUGUCUUUUGUAAAUUGUUUUCCCUUUCUACAUUUUGCUAUUAUCCUGUAUAUAUAAGCUUAAUAUAUCACUUUUUAAAAGAAAAGUCUAACAAUUUUAAAUUCACAUUUCAAUUACAACAACCAAAUGAGAAUAAUCAGGGAUGAGCAGCUUUAUCCUGCUUGGGGUAUUUUUGUAAGAUUUUCAUGCAUGAAUUUUAAUAACACUUUUACUUUUUGUAAUUUAAUUAUUCAAAUAUGCUUCCAAUAAAGGUGUGCUCACCUUUGUGUACAAAGGUUUAAUAAAUUAGUUUUCUUUCACAUAAACCAAGAAUUGGGUAGAUAAGACUCACAGUUAAAGUUGUUCUUUUAAACUUGAAUGAAAAUUAUGGUUGCAAAGAAACUGCAUGUUUGGCUGCUGUAAAUGGAUUCCAGCCUUACAUAUAAUAAUAUAGAAAUAAAAUUGUUUAAUUACUUUGAGGAACAAGUGGAGGUCAGCUAGCCUUUGUACAUGGUAAUAUUGUGGAUUUCAGCUGGAAGAUAGACAUGUACUGAGUGUGACUCCUCUGCUAGCUGGAGCCUGAUCUGGUUCUCUGGCUGGGCGCUCUUAAGUCUCUGCCAGGUCAAGUUCUGGAACACUUGGAGAUCUUGAAUUACCACUCAGGUAGUGUUAAGCUGUCCCCAAGCCAACAGAGGGCGCAAAAGGGGAUCAGUCCAGAUUUAAGUGACAGUUUUGAGAAUUUAGCAGUCAAAUUUACUGAUUUAUAAACAGUAAAGGGAGGGAUGGUCACAAGAGGGGGAUGAGGCCACGCUAGGAUAAAAUGUUAAGUGCUUGGAGCUUCUUUAUCACCCAAGUUUUCAGUGCAUUCUGGGUUUGCAUGACAUUGUCACAGGCAAACGCAGCAGCCUUCGUAGCAGGCCUGCCACAAGGAAGGGAAGACAUGGAGGCCUAGAGAAGAUAAGGGGCCCUGUCAACAUUAAACAUGCUUUCUUCUCUCUCAGUGUUUUUUCUUCUGAGAUAGGAUAUUGCUGUGUAGCCUAGGCUGGCCUUAUUCACAGUCUUCCUGAUACUACCUACUGCUGAGAUUACAGGCAAGAUGACAUGGUUCUUUUUUUAAAACCAUUUAUUUAUAGGGGUGGGGGGGUUGUUCCUUGGCAUGGAUAUGUAUGUGUGGGGUCCAUGUUCUGUUCUCUCAUCAACUGUGUCUCCUCAUCAAGCACCUUUACCCAGAGAGCCAGCUCACCAGCCUCAAGAUGGCAUUGACCUUGCUUGUCUUCCUGAUUCCUGAUUACAGGUGUGCCCUACCAUUCUCAAUAGCUAAGGAUCCGUCCCAGAGCACUGUAUGUGUGCCAGGCAAGCACUUCAAACUACACUGCUUCCUGGGCUCCAGUGUCGCGACUCUUAGAAAGGUCAAACUUCCACUAGAGGCUUAGCUGAUUUGUAAAUCAGAAGUUAUUGUUUAGCCCUGUCUGUUGGCUUAAGCCUGGAAUCCUAGCACUUGGGAGGCAGACUGGAGGAUCAGAACCAGCCUUGGUUAUAUCGCAAGUUCAGUUUGACUGAGCUACAUGAGAUACUGCUUCAGAGGGGGAAAAAGUUUUCCUUUAUUGUAUUGCCAGUAUCUGCUGAAUAUUGAAAUAAUUAUUUCCAGCACAUACAUACUCUGUUAAGGUAUAGAUUAUACCAUUAUUCCUUUAUUGGGUAGGUAUUGCCUCUUCUUUUUUGUUUGUUUUUGUUUUUUAAAUGUCUAAGAUACAGAUGCCUAAUUGUAAAUAAAUUUACAUCUCUUGCCUCUA